ACCACCGUGUAGAGAGGGCGUGGACCAAGAAGUGCCCAUAAAAGAUCAUUGCCCAAAAAGCCCAAGAGUUUUUUACGAAUGCUUCAAAUCUAAAGAACGCGUCAGGUCUUACACGCCUAAACGCUUGAGGUGGGCGGAUCAGGGCGCCUUCUGUAAUCCCUAUCUGGAGCGGGCAGGCACAGGCCGGCCGCAGGCGAAGGAUUCGAAUACCCUACUGCCUGGCUUGGAAGGUAGGAUCCUGGCCCGCCAGCCCAGGCCCGAGUUUCUGGGAUUCUUUCCCUCAGACUUUCAGUUUCGAUCGGCGCUCAAGAGUUUCGUCAUCGUGCCUGCCAACCAGCCGUGCGCAGCACUUCACAGCCUCACUGCGGCCACAUCCUGGUCCAGAUUGCAGCAGCGCCCAGUGGUCCCCACUUCGGAGGCCAAGAUGGAGUGCCAAGUGUGCCUGCAGAACUUCGACUCCACGGAGCGCCGGCCGAAGGUGCUGCCGUGCGGCCACUCUUUCUGCCUGAGGUGCCUGCAAGGGCUCCACGUGAAAAAAUGCCCUCUGGACAACAAGGCGUUUGACGCUUCACCUUCCAAGUUGAUGGACAACUAUAGCCUGAUGGCUUUCAAGCCCGUCGACACGGCGUCCCUGCGCUUUUGGUGCCUGAGCUGCAAGCAGAUCGCGCCUCAGGAGUGCGUGGAGCAGCACCCCGUGUGCAGCCUGAAGAAGGCCCGCGCCGAAGACGCCGAGCGGCUGCUGGAGGGGCUGCAGCGGGGCGUGGCGGCCGUGGACGAGCUUGCCAAGCUGUGUGAGUCGCUGGAGGGCUGGCGCGGCGAGCUGCAGGCGGAGAGGGUCGCCCUGGUCACGGCGAAGGGGCGCCUCCAGGACGCGCAGGGAGCGGACGAGGCCGUCUGGGACAAGGCCAAGCAGGACGCGGCACAGGCCGUUAUGCAUGCUCAGAUACGUUCUUAA